GACGUAGGCACAAAAAAAGCCUACCCUGACUGUCGGAAAGUGAAGGACUGCGCGUGUUCGCGGUCCUAGUUUUUGUUUGGCUUUUUGAGCAUUUGUGUUGUGUUUAGUCAUUGUCGCGACGUGUUAGGUUGUAUUUAGAACACAGCUGUACUUAUUUUACUAUUAUGUUUGACAAGGCUUGGAAUCCUUUUGUAAGCAACUAGCCAACUAACCCGCGAGAUGGAUAAUAGCUAACGUAGCUGACUUGCUAGUCAAGGAUCACAGGUCAAGAAGAGUACCUUCCUAUUCAGUCACAUAGCUAACUCUUGGAUACACAUUUUGCGUUUUAAUUUAGCCAUACAAAUUAUAAAACUAUUUUUAGUGUUUUAACUAACUUAUUGCGAAUCUUUUUUUACGAAUCCAACUUGUCACACGACAGCGAAACAACCCAGGAAGGGGUGAAGGAGCUGAGAGAGAGGAGUGUUCGUUGUCUUGAGAAUUUCAGUCUCAACAUGUUAUCGAAUUCUCAGAACCAGCCGCUGUUCCCGACCCCACAGGGGCAGCAGAACUCGGUAGGGCAACAGAACGCAGGGCAGUUACAGUUCCACGUCAGACCGACUCUGCAGAUAAAAAAGAACGCCAUAACGGAUGAGUACAAGGUCACAAGCCAGGUACUGGGUCUGGGCAUAAAUGGCAAGGUACUCGAGAUUUUUCACAAGAAGAAUGGAGACAAGUACGCUCUAAAGAUGCUGCAGGACUGUGCCAAGGGUCGCAGGGAGGUGGAGCUACACUGGAGGGCAUCACCCUGCUCCAACAUCGUACGGAUCAUCGAUGUCUUUGAGAACCUCUACCAGGGCAAAAAGUGUCUGCUCAUCAUUAUGGAAUGCAUGGAUGGGGGAGAGCUGUUUAGUCGUAUCCAGGACAGAGGUGACCAGGCCUUCACAGAGAGAGAGGCCUCUGACAUCAUGAAGAGUAUAGGAGAGGCCAUACAGUUCCUCCACGCCACCAACAUUGCACACAGGGACGUCAAGCCAGAGAAUCUGCUCUACAGCUCUAAGAGGCCCAAUCCACUGCUCAAACUGACAGACUUUGGUUUCGCCAAAGAGACCACCUCACACAACUCUCUGGCCACUCCCUGCUACACACCCUACUACGUGGCGCCUGAGGUCCUGGGUCCAGAAAAAUACGACAAGUCAUGUGAUAUGUGGUCAUUGGGUGUCAUCAUGUAUAUUCUCCUGUGUGGCUAUCCUCCAUUUUACUCUAACCACGGCCUGGCUAUCUCACCUGGGAUGAAGACGAGGAUACGCAACGGCCAGUACGAGUUCCCCAACCCGGAAUGGGGCGAUGUCUCAGAGGAGGCCAAGCAGCUGAUUAGCGCCCUACUGAAGACAGAGCCCACCAAGAGGAUGACAAUCACAGAGUUCAUGAACCACCCCUGGAUCAACCAGUCCAUGGAAGUCCCUCAGACUCCCCUCCACACAAGUCGUGUCCUGAAGGAGGAGAAGGAUGCCUGGGAGGACGUGAAGGAGGAAAUGACAAGCGCCUUGGCAACUAUGAGGGUGGACUACGAGCAAAUCAAAAUCAAGACCAUCCAGGACUCAACCAAUCCCCUGCUCAUGAAAAGGAGGAAGAAGGCUAAUAAAGACUCUGACACACAGACGCCAGCUCACUGAAACAUCCAUGGAUCUGGAACAGGAAGCAAUAACUUUCACAAUUGCAAAUGUUUUUUGUUUUUUUUGUAUGUUUCUUUUUAUUACUCCGAAUUUUGAUUAAUCAACCACUGCUUCAAUAGAGAGCGAACAUUCAUGUUUUUAAAGCAGCUAAGAGAUUAUGAAUAGGAAUGGUUAGGAGAGGUCAGGAGAGAUCACAUCCUCUCUUCAAUUCUCUCCUCAUAUAGGAAAGAGGGGGACCAGCACUGGUCAUUCUGUAUGUCACUCAGAGGAAUCUGUCUGUGUCUGUCUGUCAGUCUGUGUCUGUCUGUCUGUAUGAUCAGUCUUAGAUCAGUCCUUUUGUUUUACAUGAAAAUGUGUUGCGGUUUUCCCUGAGGCAGUUGCACAGAAACAACUUUUUAUCCCUCAAGGUACAUCUUUUCUAAAGAGCCCUUGUACUUGAUUAUGCCCUGAAGCAGUGUGUGGUGUAGCAUGGUGUUGUUGCAUGGUUCUGAACAGUCUACAAUCGAUGCUGAACGUGGCUUUUGUGUUAGAACCGACACAGUGCAGCGUUUAUAUGCAGUAACCAAUAGGAUCCUAAACAUUCACCACAGAAGGGUUUGUUUUAUUUUCUUCUUCCUUAAAACGACCAGUGCGUUUUGAGUGUAGCCUGUCCUUCGUUAAAGUGUUGCCUAAUGGCUAAAUCCCAAAAUAGAGGGGGAACAAUGAUUCUAUAACACACAAAAAAAGUUAUGUAUUUUUGGAAAAUGACAUAUGGAAUGUAAGAGAUCUGUCUUUGACUGUGAACUGGAAUUGGAUUCCAAUUGAUCUCAUUCCAGUGUCCAGUACCAGUCACUAGUGAAUGUAGAGCAGAGGCCUAUGCAGUCCCACAUAGCCCGUGUCCCUCUGGGAGAUGUCCCCAUCCCCUCUUCCCUUUGCUGACAGGAGAAGCCUGUAGCAGGAUGUCCACCUCGCUUCCUCGUCCCGUGGAGAUGCCUCCCACCUAUCGUUGCUCCUAGAGAUCUUGGAACAUGUGUUCUAGAACAUGGAAUAAGGAAUGCAAGCUCACGUUGGGCCAUGAGUGGGGGGCCGCUGUCGGCAGCACUAGCUCAUAGCACACGAGCCCCAAUGAUUUGCGUGUUGUCUUGGGGAUCUGUUGUAGUGUUUGUAGAGUAGCCCUUUUCUAAGUUUCUCUGAUGUAGCGCAAACUCAUCUGAUGUUGAUGCUAUACAGAUGUUUUAAGCGUCAUUUAAGUUAGUUUUCACGUGUGCGCGUAUGUCAUGUUGGAUUUGUGUACAAACACAGUGGGAUGUGUGUGUAUGCGUUGUGUGCAACCGGCCCUUCUCAAUAACGUUGACAACAGGCUCCCAUUCCAAAAGCAAUGCCACAGCUUUGAAUCAUGGGAACUGUAGUGUGGGAACUAUGAACCUCAACUGUUUGAUGUGACUGUCUGUAAAGUCCAGUUCCAUCAAUGUUGAAUGAGGCCUGGGAGCAAUAAAAAGACUUAAAGGUAACAGACUGCGGCACAGCACCAGCCAUCACCGCUGGGAGGUUCUUGAUAUUUGUAUAUCCACCUCACCUCCCCACUGGGAGCACAGACGUCUCUGUUGGUCUGUUUCAUUAGAUGUCCUCCUUGUUAAACCAUCUCCCCCGUUUGUCUCUUUCCUCACCUGCAGCACGCUUACAGGCAGACGAAUGUUGAUGAGGUCAUUCUGUGGUGUUCUGUUUGGUCCCCUACAUCCCUGUUUUUAGGGGGAGCUCAGUCAGUGUUUGCUUUUCUUUCGUGUCUUAUGUCCAACUGCUGUACUUCUGUCUGCUUUGGAAUAAAACAUGUAAAUACAA